AUGUUCUACAGUCACGAAAUUCUUACAUCCCCGGAGCAUGGGGUCGCCACAGUAUGGCUCGUUGCGACUUUGGGAGCGAGAUCAAUCACCAGAAAGCUGAACAAGAAGGCGAUACUGGACGUGGACGUGCCGAAGGCUUGUGAGGUUAUUAUGGAUCCUGUGGCACCGAUGGCGUUGAGGCUGCAGGGCAAUCUGCUAUACGGCGUUACCAGAGUCUAUAAUCAGCAGUGCGGCUAUGCUCUUACAGACGUCCAGACAAUGCAUGACAAGAUGAGAUCCAUGUUGCGGUCUAUUGCGGGAACCGGCCUGGAUCCGACUGCAGGUAAAGCUAGAUCUGAGCAGCUCAUCUUGCCGUAUGACCCCUCGUUUCUCCCCGAGAACAAUCUCCCGGGCCUGGGUUUGGAUCUCUCGAAGCUACGUCUACAGAUCGAGGAGAAGAUGAGCCAGCAGUCAGGCUUCUCAUGGCCACGAACUCCGGACCUCACUCAGACCGUUGACUCGCAGGAAUCUAGCUUGCAGCUUGAAUUCUCGUCACGGGACCUUGACAUAGGAGGUCUGGGUGGGUUUGCAUCGGAGACCGAUAUGGGGAAUUCGGUUCUAAGAAAUACUUACCUUGAUCGAAUGGCUGUGGCACUCAAUGAUGAGGAAGGCAUACUUCUUCACCCUGACUUUGAGUUUGAUGAAGAUGGAAAUCUCAUCGAGUUUGGGAGCGCUGAUGCUGCUACUGAGAUUAGGGAUCGCAGACCUGCCAGGUACAUCCCCGAGACCCCGGUCACUGGUCAGAGAAGAGAUGGUGAUAUAAAUGGACUCAUAUUGGAUCCUCGGCCCAUGCUAGUCGAUGAGGAUAUGGAGGUCAUCGCGGCAACAAUGGAAAAUACAUCCGCUCCGAGUGCAGGUCCUGCAGCCCCCCAAAGUCCAUCCGCCAUACAGAUUGCCGAAGAGAUGGAAAUUCAGUCGGACAACCGUGAGGCGACAAUGCGUCAGACUCGGAGAGUCUUUAGGAACAUUGCAACAGACCAACAGACCGCUCUGCGUAACACCGAGCUGGCUUAUUUCAACAAUGAGUACGUGCAGAAUAUGGCGGCCGCCAGAAAUCAGAAGAUGAGGAACAAGCUGCUCACCCAAGCAAAGAAGAACGCAGGCUUCUGGGUUAUAGGUCAAGGGAUUGGUUCUGUCGGUGUUGGUCUGGGUACAUCCCACGUUCAGCACCCGUUGCACUUCUUCUCCGGUGAGACUUUGUAUGAUGCACUCGUGGGUGCGAAGAAGUCAAACAAAAGGAAGGGACCAGAUACAUUCGAAGACGAUAGCGGGGCUGACUCGGAGGCUCGCCGAGUUCGACGAAGAGAGGAGUCUGAGGAACAAGUUGGCCGUGGCGGACUAUUUACCGGCAAUGAGAACUUCCACGAUGAUAUUGAAAUGGCCCGUCGUGCUUCAUCUGUUCUGCGCGAUGAUAACUCCUCCCAGAUGCCAUGGAACAUCACCGCAUCUGUCCAGAGUUCCCGACUCGGGCUUUCUGCAACAAGCAUCUUCCGUGGGCUCGGUAGCAUCAGUGCCUUCUCUUCUCGGGGCAUCCACGACUCCACAACUUCCAUGACCAGACUUGCAGCAGCAAGCAGGACCCGGAACCGCUUGACGAGCGCGAGCCCUCUCGCCGGACGCAGCCUCCACGAUGACCUAGAGGGACUUGCAAUUCCAGGAACCGAAGAAGAUGUAGACGCUCUCGAGGACUUUAACAUGGAUGACUAUAUCCAAAUUGACCUGGAUACCGAACACCCCACAGAACCGACAGAGGACACUGAUGGAAAACGGCUUGCAUUCCACAAUCGGCUGCUGAAAUCGAACAUAGACCAAGAGAGCUUGAACUUCCUCGAGUUUCUGCAUAUGCAAAUCAAGACCCAGGAGCAGAUAGAUGCAGUUCCAGGCAUCAAUCGUGCCAGUGGUGCUGCAACACUUUAUCUUGCUGACAAUAAAGAAGUAGCGUUCUCGACUCUUCUGCCUCCUGGGAGUACUUCUCGCACUGUCGCUACCCAGGGCCUGAUGCACAUCUUGACUCUGGCUACAAAGGGCUUUCUAACGGUCUAUCAAGCACCUUAUGAAGACCAGAGCAGUGAGGUUUAUGGCGUCAAGUACGAGUUCGGCGAGAUCUAUCUGCGCUUUUCUAACAUGUAG